GAUGUAAAUUGACCAUUUGUAAUUUAAAAGGAGUCAUUUGAGGAAACACCAACUCUAACAUUGUUCUGGCAUAUUUUUAUUGUUGCAGAACUUCUGUGUAUGCAGACCUGAUAAGUUGUAUACUUAAACAGACAAUACAGAGUGUGAAGUGAAACAAUAUAUAUGGCCACACAUUCUCCUUAAUAUCAAGUACUCUAUAAAAUAUGUAUGAGAACAACAGGCUAACAUAACCUGGCGAAAUAGCAACUUGCAAAUAGCGAUUAGAUAACUGGUAUGUUCUUACCGGCUUUCCAUUUCAAACGCUGUGCAUUGAAAGUGCUCAAUAAUAAACCCUAUAAUGUUGACACAGUAAUAUUAUAUGUUGGGACAAGAUCCGUUAUCAAAUAUUUACCAUUUGCAUGUCACUAUAAAGUACGUCUGGUUUAAGGCUUUUGAUAAACCUUCGCUGAAAUUAAACUAGAACGGUUGAAACUUGUUUUGUGCUUGGCAGGGGAUUGAGAAUUUCAUUAGAAAAUGAAAGUAGUUAUUCUUAUUUCAUGCUGCGUUUGGUUCGCAAGCUGUGAAUCCUCAGUGAAAACAAAGCUAGGAGUAAUUAAUGGUAAAACAAACAAAGUGACAUUUAGAGACAAACCAUUGUUUGUGAAUGAAUUCCUUGGUGUUCCGUAUGCAAAACCACCCAUGAGUGAGCUGAGAUUUCAAAGACCACAACCAUACGGAGAAUUCCAGCAGCCAAUUGAUGGAACAAAGUAUGGAUCGACUUGUCCACAGUUUGAACAUAAGAUUGUCAAGUUUGGAACCCGCUCGACCAACGAAGAUUGCUUAUUCUUGAAUGUUUUUGUUCCUACAAGUAAGGCCGACAAAGAAGCAGGUUUUGCUGUUAUGAUAUGGAUUCAUGGGGGAAGUUAUGCGCUUGGGGACGGUAAUAUGACACCAGGGACUGUCUUGGCAGGCUAUGGAAACGUCAUAGUUGUGACGAUUAACUAUCGCCUAGGAAUGUUCGGGUUCCUGAACGUCGGAGAUGAGAGAGCAAAGGGAAAUAUGGGACUUUGGGAUCAACGACUGGCUAUUCAAUGGGUCAACGAUAACGUGGACGCUUUCGGUGGUGAUCCCAGUAGAAUCACUAUAUUUGGUCAAUCUGCUGGAGCAAUGAGUGUUCAUCUGUAAUCACUUUAUCCGAUAAAUAGAGGUCUAUUUCAGAAUGUGAUAUCAGAAAGUGGAACAGCUACACUUCCAUUUGGUUUUGCAAGUGACAAUAUACCGGCUGCACGCAUAUUAGCUGAACAGCUUGAAUGCUCGACUGAAACAAAUGACGAUAUUUUCCUGUGUUUGAAAACCGUUGAUACCAAGAGAUUUGUUGACGUGGCAGAAGCGAUUGCAGAUAAUCAAACUCUUGAAACACAGGUGCAGUUUACGCCAUCUCUAGAUGGUGAGUUUAUUGUGCGGAAUAUCAAAGAAACAAUGAGGAUGCCAGAGAGUGACGAAAUGAAGUUUAUGAAAGAAUUGAAUUACAUAAAUGGUGUAAAUGGGAAUGAAGGGGCGUUAUGGUUAUUCUUGCCUGCUGCCAGUCAAAAUGUUUCCGUAGACGACGUCAAAGUGAGCAAUGCAAAUGUGUCAAUGAAUAUGCCUAUUAUAUUAAUGUCGACGUUUCCUGGUCAGAAUAUCCACGCGGCAGUAAACGAUUUAAUCAAUUACGAAUAUACAAAUUGGGCCAAUCCUCAGGACGCAAGAGCAAUGUUCACAAAAAUCGGCGGGGAUGUUUUCUUCAACGUUCCAGCUAUGGAUUUGAAUUUAGCUCACGCGAACGAUACAAAGUCAAACACCUGGUUUUACAAUUUCUUGAUCGUUCCAGAACAUCGUCCUUUCGCUGUUCCGAACUGGGUAACUAAAGCUAGUCAUGUAGAAGAGAUACCGUUCGUGUUUGGUUAUCAUUAUGAUUUUGGAAACAUUUUAAAUAUAACCAAUUACCAACCUGCAGAACAUCAAAUGGAUGUGUCAGGACGAGUGAUGACUUACUGGACCAAUUUUGCAAAAUUUGGAGAUCCAAAUGGAGAUGGACCCGUAUCGUGGCCUAAAUACACAAUUGAAGCUAUGCAACACCUAAUCAUUGAUGUGGAAGACUCAAUCGGACAGCGGUUAUAUACAAAGGAGUAUCAGUUUUGGCGGAAAAUUGUCCCUGCUCUUUUGGAGGCAAUAGAAAAUGGCGAACAUGCUUGAGAUUCUGCAUUCAAGUCCAAAAUGAAAGAUGCCUGCGACGCUGAUGGAAACUGUGGAUGACACUUUUUUUGAAUAUUGAAAACCAGAAAUAUCUUAGAAAGUGACACAUUACUUAUAGUUCAAAUAAAAAGCAAAACACCACCAUCACUACCAACAACAACAACAAUUACAAAAAAGCAAGAACAACAACAACUUUAACAUAUAACGCCACUACUACUUCUACUACAAGUACUUAUACUUGUGAUUUAAAACUGUUAUUAUUUUGGAUUUAAAGUUCAAAACCUA